AGUAACGACAACAGGAGGGUCCGGGACGAGCGCCGCCCGCGGACCACAACACAGGAGACGCCAUCACAAGGUGUGGUUCCCCCCGUGACCCACUCCACCACCCACUACCAUCACCAGCCUCCUGGUGUGGUUACCGUGACCCACUACCACCACCCACUACCCUCACCACCCUCCUGGUGUGGUUACCGUGACCCACUACCACCACCCACUACCCUCACCACCCUCCUGGGGGAGAAGUAUGCCCCUGGAGUGACCACCUCAGGCCAGGAUGAAGGGGGUGAAGGCACUGGUCGUGUGGUACGUCGCCGCCACACUGGGCGUCAUAAUGGCCCAAUUUGAGUACCAGGAGACGGACACCUUUGAUAAGAUUGAUAAUUUAAUACGCCUCGUCACUCAGGAUAAUUGCUUCAUCAAGCCAAAGAUGGAUCUGUACCUGCCGCAUGACAGUGUGUCGCAUUUGCCAGAUAUCCGGCAGGUAAACAUUAACCCCAUCUUUCCUAACCGCACGGCUCUUCAUCAUCUCCACAACAUGGCCCACUCGCGGGCAUUUUUCUGGUCGUAUAUUCUUCAGUCACGGUUCAAAAGACCGGCAGUAAAUGAUUCGGACAAUGCCUCGGAGUAUGAUCCUGGUUUUAUGUACUACUUUCUCUCAUCUGUGGCAGACGUUGCAGCAAAUCCAAAGAUCAAUGCAAGUGCAACAUACUUCCAGCCCAACAUGGCAUUCACAUCCUCUUACAAAGGAUUCUAUAAUAAAACAAUGCCUCUGUUUGCUCCAAGAGCGUUUAGAAUGGAUGAUUACAAUGACCCUGUGCACCUUGAGAGGAUUUCAACACUGAAUUUCUUUCAAGUGGAAGACCUCGGGGCCAUCAUGCCCACAGGUCAGAGGUCACAUAACUAUACUCUGGAGGACUACCGCAUCAAUGAGUGGUACUACUCGUGGCUGCCACACACCAACAAGCAGCAAGAUGAACUUACUACAUACCAGGUCAAAAUCCGCUAUUCCAACAACACAAAUGAGACGUACGUGUUCCAUGGACCCAAUGCUCCAGAUGAGGAUCCAGGACCUGUUAAGUUCACCCGGCCGUACUUUGAUUGUGGACGCUCGAACAAGUGGUCUGUGCCAGCCAUCACUCCAGUAGCGGAUUUAUAUCCUCGGCACACACAGUUUCGACACAUUGAAUAUCCGACGCUGACUGCUAUAUCUGUUAUGGAGAUGGACUUUGAUCGAAUAGAUAUAAAUCAGUGUCCAAAAGGAGAAGGCAAUGAAGGACCCAAUCGAUUUGCAGAUACUGCAAAAUGCAAAAAAGAUACAACAGAGUGUGAACCAUUAGAUGGUUAUGGCUUCAGACGUGGUGGGUACCAGUGUAGGUGUAAACCUGGAUACCGUUUACCAAACGUUGUUCGGCGGCCGUAUCUCGGGGAGCUCAUUGAGAGAGCAACACUUUUUCAGUACCGCAACUCCUUCAGGUGUACACCCAUUGGUUGGAUCCAAAAACUACCAUUUGACUACAACAAGAUGGAUGAAUACGAGCGACAGAAGUUCCUGUCAAGAGAUUAUUACAACGUAACGGGACCCAGUGCUGCCAGGACUAGCAAUAUUAACGUCGAUGAAGUCAUAGAGUUUCUUAAAUCUGUCACUCCCGAGAACUGUCACCUGUUCUCUCCCGAUGAUUUAGUUCUGCAAGGCGACAUCGGUUUUGGUAUGGAGAAGCAGUUUGAGAACGAAGCAAGAAUGGCACUUCGUCUUGCAAAUUUUCUGAGUGCUUUCCUGCAGCUUGUGAACCAUAAGGAAAUCUUCUCGGGAGUGCGUGUCAUUGACCAACCGCUCUCAGAAGAUCAGAUGAUGGGCGAAGUGUUAUCAAUUAUUCUGGGCAACAGCAGGAUUUGGUCUUCAGGAAUGUUUUGGGACCGUGGCAAAUUUACAAACCAGACUCUGUUUGCCCCAGUAGCUUACAAGACAACACUAAAUACUCGCAAGUAUGCAAUGGAGGAUCUCGCCAGAUUGAACUCUACGCGUGAUGUCUAUAUCAACAAGCCUUGGUUUAGGAAGAUCAAAAGUCGUUGGUCAACCAAUUUUGACGACCUAGAGAAGUUCUGGAUAAAGCUAAAGCUGCGUAACAAUGCAACCGGCAUGCACUCCAUGAAAUACGAACAUUAUCCGACUUUCUACAAGGCUGCUGAACUGCACCACGGACAGUGGAGUGUCCCUGAAUUUGACUGUAAUGGUUUUGUGAAGAAAUGGGUUGUUCACUAUGCAGCUCCGUUCUUUGGUUGGGAUGCACUACGAUCCAAGCUGGAGCUAAAGGGUGCAGUUAGGGUGACGAUGGACCUUAUGAAGUUGGACAUUGUUCAAUGUCCAAAUGAGUUCUACGUCCAGAAUGCUUUUAAGGAUAGUCAUCGAUGUGACAGGAAGUCAUCUUAUUGUGUGCCCAUCCAAGGACGUGGCUUUGACACUGGCGGCUAUAAAUGUGAGUGUAUCCAAGGUUACGAAUAUCCAUUUGAAGACCCCAUCACCUAUUUUGACGGUCAGCUGGUUGAGGCCGAGUUCCUUAAUAUUAUCCGUGACAAGAAAACCAGGUAUGAUUUCCUCAAGUGUCGAGUAGCAGGAGCAGCAGGACUCCAGGGCAGCUUCCUUGUCAUCCUGGCACUUGCCGUCUUCACCCUUGUAUUCCGUCGCCAUUAGUAUAUUAUGGAUGCUCCUUCAGCGUUCGGCAGAUAGCAAACAAAGUACUGUAUUUCCAUAUCUGUGAUAGCUUCGUUAAAGGUGUUAUACUGGUAUUUUGGUUUAUAUACACUGGUUAUCACAAUGAACUUUUUGUUCCUGAGGAAUUUCAUAGAAUUUCAGCAUUAUCAGAUGUUGAUGAAUAUGUUGAAAAUGUGAGGAGGUAAAACUUUUUUUAACUAGUUACCGUGUUUGUCGGCGUAUAAGACGAUUUUUUUUUAUUUUGAAAUGUAUCUUAAAAUUGGCAUAUUACGGAUGGGAGAGGAAGCGCCGUUGGUUAGGGAGCUGGAGGACCAUUGGCAAGUUUGCUACGCACAAAAAUCUUUUCCAAUAAUAAAAUAUUGAAAACAAGCCAGAUUAUUACAGUAAAUUGUAUUACUAAUAAUAAUACCUGUAUAUUGAAAACAAGCUGAGUUAUCAGUCUGUUAUCACAAACUUAUGAGAAAUUGCUUACAAUACGUGAGCAGUUAUGAGAAAGCUCACAUAUCAUCUCGCCAUCUUACCCAGCAUACAUAACCCACACCUGAUGUGUCAUACAUUAUUUAAUGACUGUGUUAUCUUUAAGAAACAUAUAUUCAUUAUGUAAAGGAAAAAUGCUCCUAGAAAUUUGAAAGGAAUGAUAAACUUUCAUCUGCCUGUCAGCCAUUUGCAACGAGUGAUUGACAACAAAACCAGAGCACUGUGAUGGUGACCCACCAGGUGGUGGUGCACUUGGUGGUGCAUCAGACCCUGGUGGUGCAUC